AUGCACAAGACCACAACCCACUACACCACGCCGCCAAUUGCUAGCCGAAGACUCCGAGCGCGGCCAUAUGCGCGCUGGAAAAAUUUUGACGAGCUUUUCCUCGGCUGCCUGUGGGGUUUAGCAGAAUUUUAUUUUUGAUCCCGAGUACUCUCACCUAGGCCUAUCCAGCCACAAAGUCUCAAUUCUCAACUUGUUGUCGAGCGGAGACCAUGCCCUAGUAAGGUCUUUUCAUGGAGGCUUUUGUUAUUUCUAAUGGAGUUCAGGCAAAUUUCACAAAGUUUCCAAGGCGAAGAGCCGUCGUACUUCGGAAAUUCAAGUCCUCUGUCUUUAAAAACUCCCAAUUUAAAAAAAAAUUAACUAUUUAACCGAAUGAUUACCUCUAUAGGGAAUAGGCUAUAAACAGAAUUUGAGAGAACGUACCUUUGAAAAUCAAUUUUCAGCUUUUAUAUAGAAAUUUGCGCAAAAAAAUGAUGCUUUUUUUAAAAAAAUUUUACUUUUUACGUAAAACUAUGGAACGCCCUCCGUUUUCCUAACGUUACUCGAUAGAACGCAUGUUUCAUACCAACAAACUACGAUGUUAACGAAAUUUUCGGGCUUUAAUUUCAUCAUAGCAAUGUUUGGAUCUCAUAUUUGAGAUUCUGGGAACUUUUUUCAGUUUUCUCUCCACUUCAGCAUUUUCCAAGCUAACGAACUUUAGCUUUAACAAAGCUUUUCGGAGUACACUUUUCUCUAUAACAACCAGCCGCCCUCGUAGUCCAUUCACGUGUCUCCGCAAAAAAAAAGUAAUCGGUCCGUGACGCAAGUACGGCAAUAAGAAACGGCGGCAGUGGGAAACCUCGGCGCCGUUUUUUUUUUCCCUCAGGCAAUGGCUGAAUUGAUAAGUAAUCCGGCGUGCACAAUGCCGUGCAUUAGUGGAUAAGUGCGGAUGAAAUCCAGGUUUUGUCGGUAAUCUCGACGACAAAGGCCGCGCCACUUACCGGCUCGUUUCUGGGAAUUCCGUCGAGUACUUCUGCGUAACUCCUGCCUUUUUCGACACUCUUUUUCUUCAUUUUAUCAGCUGA